CAAUGAUGUUCACUUUCAGAAAUUUAUAAACGAAAUCCGUACUUAACAUUCGAGCUUGCGGUCAGUUUUAAACCGAGAGUCGUGGUGAUAGCGAUAAAAUGCGCGUCUUUAACUUCCAAACGCUGAAAAUCUUUUUAAUACUUUUGGUGAGUGUGACGAUUGUAACGAGUGAGCCGCGUCCACACAAUCGUGUCAAGCGUAUUGUCGGUGGUAAAAUGUCAAAGGCACCACCGCCAGAUGAUCCGGUUGUGUUUACGCGCACCUACAAUCGUGAUGCGCGUAUUGAGGGAUUUCGUAAUUUAAGAACUGGAAUUUAUAGUUUCUUGGGCAUUCAUUAUGCUGAGCCGCCGGUUGGAGAGAAUCGUUACGCCCGUCCUUUGUAUAAACGUCUUGCUGGUGACGUAAAUGCUACACACCAUGGACCACCUUGCAUACAACCGGAUCCAUAUGCUCGCAAUCGUAUUGUUGGUGAUGAGAAUUGCUUGCUUUUGAAUAUUUACACUCCGCAAAUGCCGGAUGAAACGACUGGUUUACCGGUAUAUGUGUGGAUACAUCCUGGAGGCUUUCGUUAUGGUUCUGCAGCUCAGUAUGAUGCUACACCAAUGGCGCAAGAAGGCGUUAUCGUCGUAACGCCACAGUAUCGUUUAGGAUCUUUAGGCAUUAUGGGUGAUGGUACAAAAGAAUUUGAUGGCAAUUUGGCAAUAUUUGAUAUGGCAUCUGCUAUUCGUUGGGUAAACGACUAUAUCUCACAUUUUGGUGGUGAUCCAAAACAGAUUAAAGCGAUUGGUCACGGUUCGGGUGCUGCUAGUGCAAUGUAUUUAUCAAUGUCACGUACAGCACGCAAUGCUGGUGAUAUGUCGGGCGUGGUGGCCAUGUCCGGCACAGCAUUAUCGCAAUAUGCAAUAGAUAAAGAACCUGUGCAAAGUGUUGAAGAAGUGGCACAAAUAAAUGGUUGCCCUACUGAAAACGAAAUUGCAAUUAUAAAUUGUUUGAGACAGAAACCUGCUCAGGAAAUUAUAGAAAAUGAUUCACAAGUGCAAACUGAACGGUUGGCUGGACGCGCAUUGAUAAAAGGUCUUUCUGCCAGUGUUGGUUUUCAACCUCAUAUAGAGGAUGGGGACGAUAGGCGAGGUUUGCCUGCUCUCAUUGUAGGUGCACCGGAAGAACAAUUACGUAGCGGUAAUUUUACACCCCUUCCGCUGUUAACCGGCGUUACUAAGCAUGAAACUGCGAAUGCCUUCACUCUUGAUGUUGUCAAUAAAGUUUUCGGUUCAGCAGAAAAACUUUUGAGUACACUUCCGGAUGUACUUAAAGAUUUGACCAGCUUUUUGAGAAUCGAUGCAAUCACUGGUAACAUUCUUAAGCCGCAGUUACCGGGGCUGGCUAGUACAUUAACUCCUACACUGAACGAGGUAUUAAAAGUGCCUGAAACUUUAAAUUUGGACCAGAUUUUUUCAAAGGUUGUUCAAGCAAGUACGGAUGUCUUAUUCAACCUUCCGGCCGUACUAACAUCGCAAGUUUGGUCUCAAAUGGCACCAGCAUUUAUGUACAGUUUUGAAUAUAAUGGCACGAAAUCCAAAGGCAUUAAUUUCUUGCGUGGCUUGCCAAUUGUUGGUAAUACUCAAAGUUCAGAUGGAGAGAUUGUAGCACAUGGUGAUGAACUGGGUUAUAUGUUUGAUGCGAAUGAUAUUUUCGGAAAUCCAUUACCAGACACUCGUCUAACAAGUGCAGAAGACCUGAAAGUGCGUAAGAAUAUGAUUGGUCUACUAGUUAAAUUUGCUAAGAACUUUAAAGCCGAUUCAAAGAUAGCCAACAUUAAGGAUACACUAUUUCAAAGUAUUACAGCUAAAGGGACACCUUUUAUUAAAGUUGAUACCGGUGUGGAAGUGGGAAAUGAUUUUCGUUUUUGUGAACUAUCGGUUUUCGGUGCAUCGUUAACGCCACUAACAACAACCUCUUGUAAAGGUUUAAAUGCUUUACUUUCGCCUGUUACUGGUGCUUUAGGUGGAGUUGGUGGUUCAUUGGGAGGAGUUGGAAAUACUUUGGGUGGCGUAACUGGUGCUCUCACCGGUAGUAAUACCAAUAGAGGCAGUGCAUCUGGUAAUGUUUUGCGCCCACCAAAUUCAAGCGGAAAUAGAAACACUGGAUUAUUGGGCGGCUCGAAUGGACUGUUGGGUGGUUCACCUGGACUUUUGGGCUAAAAUUAAACAUAUAUGUAUAUAUUUAUUAUAUUAAUUUGAUUUAAUAAAUGUUUUUAUA